CAGAGCUCGUGACCCCUAAAAAUGGAGAAUGCCGUGAGCUUCAGAAGCUCCUCUCUACUUCCCCUCAAUCCGACGUCGUUUCCCUCUCAUCUCCCAACUGAGCUCAGAUUUUCGAGGUUAAAGCGCUCAAGUUCAGAGGAAUGGCGUCGAGAUAAACCACUGAGGAUAAGGAAGGCUUUUGGGUCGGAUGAAAAUGGGCAGCUUGAUGGGUUUCCUAAUAUGCCCAACAAGAUUUUCAUGGAAGAGGUAAUUGGAGCUGAAUAUGGGGAGGGUUUUGAGACAUUUAGACCUGAAGGUCCCCUUAAAGUUGAUGUGGACUUCUUGAAUGAUAGAAUGCAAGAAGGAUUUCUCCAAAGAAUUCGGUAUGCCAUGAAGCCUGAUGAAGCCUAUGGCCUCAUAUUCUCUUGGGACAAUGUCGUGGCAGAUACUCGAGGUCUAAAACUGCAUGCUUGGGGACAACUUGCAUCUGAAGAAGGAAAGGAGAUUCCUGGAGAUGACAAUGUGCAAAGAUUUUUGCUUUAUGCGGGUGCUGAUCAUGUUCUACGUAAGGUAUUGCUCUGGGGAAAAGCUGAAGAUGAUAUAGACAGACUGAAGUCCAGGCUCUCUCAAUUAUAUUAUGAAAAUCUCCUGAAACUCUCGGAACCUGUGGAAGGGGUAAAUGAAUGGUUGGAUGCUGUAGCUACAUCUCGCAUCCCCUGUGCAGUUGUUUCAAGUCUUGACCGCAAAAGCAUGGUUGACACUUUAGAGCAAAUGGGCCUGAAAAAGUAUUUUCAGGCCAUUGUGUCUGAGGAAGAUGGUAUGGACUCCAUUGCUCAUAGAUUCCUUUCAGCAGCUGUGAAGUUGGACCGAAAACCCUCCAAGUGUGUUGUAUUUGAGGAUGAUCCCAGGGGAAUAACCGCAGCUCACAACUGCACUAUGAUGGCUGUAGCUUUAAUCGGUGCUCAUCCAGCGUACGAUCUUGGGCAGGCUGACCUAGCGGUCGGCAGCUUUAACGAGCUUUCAGUGAUCAAUCUGCGGAGACUGUUUGCUCAUAAGGGGUCGACGUUUAUGGACUUGCAAAAGCAAGUAAUAGAGAAAACUCCUAGACGGAGGAAGCUGACUACUGACACCAUCUUCUGAUACAUCGCCUCGUCUCAACUCUUGUACAUUCCUUGUAAUUAAGGGCUCAUCUCUUGUAUUUUUCUCUUUGAACUCCGAUUUUCUUAUAUUUUCUGGAUUCUUACAGAAAGAUACAAUCGACAAGAAAUGUAUAGAAAGCUUGUUAUCAAUCUCAGGUGUAUAUAAUCGACACACAACUUUCUUCA